UGAUAAUGAUAAUUGUUAUCUGGAGAGGAUUUGGGAUAAACAUAAAUUUCGUCUGUAACACAGGAAUCGGCAGUCUUCAAAAUCAAACUCCAUUAAAAUCAUGAAGAAGAAGAGGAAGAUACCAAAGAGAAGAGAAUAUCCCUUUCAAAAGUGAAAAAUAGAGAGAGACAGGCUAUGUGUCUGUGCGGUCAGUGGACUUGUCGUUGCGUAACGGAGCAGAGGCAGUCAAUUAUCAAUUAUUAGUUUAUUUUAUAAUUACUAUUUAAAAGAGAAAAGCUUAAUUACGUUAAUGGCAGAGGAGCGAGAGAAACAACAGCAACAGCCUGCUCCAAAAGAAUUCAUUUCGCAACCACCACCACCUCCACUUCCUCCUCCGCCAGCUGGUUCCCUGAUAGAGCGGAGUCCGAUGGCUAAUUCGGCGGCGUCAGGGCCUUCGUGGCUUACUCCUAAAGUGUUACUCGUCAUCUUUUGCGUGAUUAACAUGAUAAAUUAUGUGGAUCGAGGAGCCAUGGCAAGUAAUGGUGUGAACGGGCAUAGGAGGACUUGUGAUGAUAAGGGGAAAUGCACUCCGGGUACCGGAAUUCAGGGAGAUUUUAACUUGAACAACUUUGAAGAUGGUGUCUUGUCAUCUGCUUUUAUGGUUGGACUUCUUGUGGCUUCGCCAAUAUUUGCUUCAUUAGCAAAGAGCCACAAUCCUUUUAGGCUUAUUGGAGUUGGAUUAUCUGUUUGGACUUUAGCUGCAGCUGGAUGUGGUGCUUCAUUUGACUUCUGGUCUAUUGCUAUAUGCCGCAUGUUUGUUGGUGUUGAGGAUGGUAUUCCAGAAUUUCAUCAAGGCCACAUGGGAAAGGAAUGUGGAAAAGAAUUUGUAUUGGAAGAGAUAAUUCGUGGAUACAUCAAAUAG